GGUCAUGAUGGGCAGCAAAAUGGCGUCCGCCAGAAGGGUCGUUCAGGUAGUCAAGCCACAUGCUCCAUUAAUAAGGUUCCCUGAUAGAACUGACAACCCAAAACCCAAUGUACAAGAAGCUUUGCGAUCAGCAGGAAUUCCAUCACACGCUUCUGCAAUGUCUCAACAUUCAAUGGGAAGUAAACCACCAGAUUUGCUGAUGCAGGGUCCACCAGACACUGCAGAAAUAAUAAAAACAUUACCUCAGAAAUAUAGAAGGAAACUUGUGUCUCAAGAAGAAAUCGAAUUUAUCCAACGUGGAGGUCCAGAAUAAUCACUGACAAUAUGGCUGCUGUUUGUCAUCAGACAAAAGAAUUAUCUUUACAAUAAAGGACUUCCAAAAUAACAUAUGAGAACUUGUACAUUAAACAACUUUAAUGAAGUAUUCUGUAAAAAAAAUUAAAGAGAGAAUUUAGAUGGACAUUUAUAUAUUCUCAUUUAU